UUCCACAAGGUUUAAUUUUGGGUCCUGUCUUGUUCACAAUUUAUAUUAAUAAUAUUACAUCCUUUAUAACAAACUGUAAUACCCAUCUUUAUGCAGAUGAUACAGUUCUGUAUUGUUUUGCAAAUACUGCACACUCAGCCACUGAGAUACUACAACAAGCCUUUGAUAAAUUGCAAGAUGCAUUUUUUAAUUUGAAAUUAGUCCUGAAUGCAAGCAAGACUAAAUACAUGGUGUUUUCUAGAGCCAGAUAUUAUGGACAAUAGUUUGCAUAUUACCACUAUGAAUGGACAGAGUAUUGAGAGGGUUUCAUAGUACAAAUUUCACAUUGACACACAAGCAAGAUACGACAAAAAAUUGGACAUUUGUACAGAAACAGAGCUAAUUUUCCAAUGUUCAGUAGGAAGCAGAUAAUUGAGGCCGUCUUCUUGUCUGUCUUGGACUGUGGUGAUGUAAUCUAUAGACACGCCUCUGCCUCCACUCUUAAACUGCUAGAUUCAGUUUCUUUUCCCCCCCUAGAUUUAUUACCAGUGACAGUUAUUCUACUCAUCACUGCAUCUUGUAUGAAAAGGUUGGGUGGGUAUGUCUAACAGUAAGGCGUGACAGGCAUUUGUUUCUAUUUAUUUAUACCGCCCUUUAUGGCAACUUGCCACAAUAUAUCACUUCCUUAUUAAACUGGUCCCACAGUCAUUAUUUGACUCAAUCUAGCAAUUGGUUGAAACUCAUGUCCUGCGUGCAAACACUACAUUUGGGAAAACUGCUUUUGGUUUUUGUGCUGCACACACUUGGAUCAUUUUACAACACACACUAAAACUCAACACAUUUGUACCUAUAGGUCAAUUUAAAACCAUGAACUACUCCGCACAUGAAUGUAAUUGUUUUUAACUGUGUUCUGCUGUCUGUUUGUUUUCUCAUUACUUAUUUUUUGUGUGUAAUUAUUCUGUUUUGUACUUUCAACAUCACUGAAAAUGAGGGCAUGCCUUCGAGAUUUAAAUAAAGGUUGAAUGAAUAGUGGACAACCUGGCUUCAAGCUCUAACAUCAGCAAGCAUCUACACUAAAAUGUCAAAGAACAGACCACUGAAUCUCUACCAGCUGCAGCAGUGGGGUUUGAGCUGACCACUCAUACAACAUUGGCACGGGAAAAGUUAAUUUUCCAUGGGGGUCAAUGAAGACAUCACAGUGCCCCCCACCCAUGCCCCUUGCAUGCUUCAUUUUAUCCCCAAGAACCAGAGACUAACCAGUACUCCUGGUCCCAGGCUGUAUGUGUGUCACUUAGUUUUAGGCAAUUUGAUUAAACACAGCCAUAUUUAGGAAUGUGCUCCAUGAGCAUAAUAUAAACAACAAUAAAGAUGAAUUUGAUUUUGACACAGAAGGCCAGGGACAAAAGACAGGGAUACGAUAAGGUAAUAAUGCAGGACCACAAAUUCAGGACUCUUCUUAGUUGACACUUCGUUUUUACACAUUCCUAAAAAAGAUUAAAAUUGAAUACAACUAAUUGACAUACAGUGAACCUGGGGGGUCUGGGCCCCUGAGACAGUUGCCCACUUUGAAUGGACAAGUAUGGAAAGUCAGUGUUCAUUUCUUUUUCAAAGUAAAGCCUCCAUAGGCUUUCUGGUGUAUGCUUCUGGGGUCACUUAUGAUGAUGUGGAAAAAUACAAAAUUAUGUUCAGUUUAAUUUGAAAUAUAAUUUGGGUCGGACGAAUUAUUGCAGCCCCUGGCCAAUUUGCAGCACGCUGGUUUGUACGCAGGUGCUCCCAGGCUGCCUGACAGUCAUCACCCUGUCCAAUUAAUGCCACAGCACAUGCCUCGGAGAAAGUUAACGGGGUGGAACCGGAGAGGCAACCCUUGCCUGCAGUUACGCGUUGAUACCCCUUUAAAAGGCUCACCAUGUUGCCAUCACAUGCUUCAGCACAGAGGUAGGAUGAGGAUGUUCUUCUUCUUGUUGUUGUUGUUGUUGUUGUUAUGUAAAACGUGUUUCUUAUGUAGUCUGUCAUUUUAAACGAGACCCGAGAGACUUGUGCUGAGGAUUUCUUCACUUUCCAGUGGCAGGAGGGGACCCAGGCAGCCCACCCCGCCUGUCAGCGCUGCAGCCAGCCAGUCAGUCAUGUUGUGCUGCUAGUUGUUGUUCAGUAGCAACACACCGACUGGUGCGCAAACUGAAAGCUGCGUACAGUGUUAAUGCCAAGUGACGGAUAUAAGCGACGUGUGUGCGGGCUGCUGACUGUGUCUGCAGCAGCAACGCUCAAGGUUUCGCUGCCGUGUCGGCGGUGGAGGAGCGGAUGGGAUAGAAAAAACAUCCUGAGCAAAGCCCGCUCGCCUCGGAAAGGAGUGUUGCCUCUUCGUGCGAGAAGAGAGUUGUUUGCUCCGUCUCUUCUCUCCUCUCGUCGUCUUUUUUUUUUUUUUUAAAAAAGGGGUUCCCUCGAGUGGAGUGGCGAAACAUCGGCGACAUUCGUGUUUAUUUCCUCGAGUUGAGCUGCAUCGGUUAACCAGUCGGACGAGGUUGACUUGCCUUACCUAGUCAUUUGGAAAACAAGGUGCCCUGACUGGCUCCUCGCACCGUUGGAAAAUUAGACGAGAUAGUGCCUGCCACACGGAGCUACGGUACGGUAAGUAGCGGCUGCUCCACAUUAUCUUUUCUCAUUGAGCUUUCUUUUUUCUUUUUUUUUAUUCAGGCGGAGCAGGGGUUGCACGGCCAGCUUUCCUCUUUUGUGUAUGCUUUUUAGUCAUGUCUGGAGGACGUUGCAGAGGCAGAUAAUGGCCAUGAUGAUGAAGGAGAUUCCCAGGGAGUGGUACUCAGUCGGAUUGGCCGUGCAGUGUGUGUUAUCAUAGCCAGCCCCCCCACCCCGACCCUCCUCCGCCACAACCAGCACCAGCAACCACCAAAGUGCAAUGCCAAAGCGAUAAUAGUGCUUUGUCCGCGGAAGAGACUGAAACAAGGCCCCUGUGGAGAAGCAUGUGAUGACUCACGCAAGGCAGAAGGGUUUCCUAAGGCAGAGCAACAGUAGUACCGAGUGGUGGGACAACUCCCCUUCUUGCGCACAUGGUGGCACUAUGGGCGGCGCCUGGCCUGAGCGCUCACUACGAUUCGGAAGGACAAAGAAAAUAAGUGAGAUCAUUAAACAAAGGAAAGGCAUGACCAAGAGGAUGAAUGAGAAGAGAGAGAGGACAGAAAAAUCAGAUCAGAACAGAAAACUGGACCGGAGGCGUGACAAGAAACGGGACAGGAAGUUGUAUCCAUUGCGGGGAAGGGCUGGGGUUUCAGAUGGGGAGGGGCUCAGCUGCCAUGUCCUCCUUACCCGAUUGGAGGAAAGCCUCAGUGAAAAGGAGAGUUCUAAAGAAAGGAAGCAAAAGGAUGCACGCCGACAUUUAUCUCUCAAACCCAAACCCAAAACAGGGAAAAGGAGUGAAAGAAAAGAGGCAAAGUCAUUACCAAAAACCAAAUCAAAGUCAAACAGCCCAAGUCAUGACGAGAGUAUUCAUGUCUCACAACCUCGCAAGCGUAGGCUGGCCUCUCUCAAUGCUGAGGCAGUGAACAGUCUACUGCUUGAAAGAGCUACUGACCCUCAGCCAGCAGCCAAACAGGUCAGGAGACAGGAAGAGCCCACGAAUGGAGGGAUAUCCCUGGAUACAGAUCCAACCAGGACUGGUGUCCCUGGAGGUCUGAAGGCUUCACGAGGAAACCUCAGUAAAGCCUCCACGUCUCACAAACUUGAACUGUGCCAAAGCUCUAAGCAGGUCAAGAAGGCCAAAGCCAACCGAGAAGAGAGCAGGGGGAUGAGUCAGGAGAGUCUGGAUGCCCCUACCCCCAGAAGAUUGGCUGGACUCAAUGCUGCAGCCCUGCUGAAGUUAACCAGCUCCUCUGCUACCAGUAAACCGAGAGUAAAGGCUGCACCCACAGCUACUAUCACAUCAGACUGCAAGGCUCCCACUGCGGUCUCAACCCCAAGACAGCAGUCCAGAGUCAAACUCAAGGGGUGCUCACAAAAGCAGAAGGGGAAAAAGGUCCCUCCCCUGCACAGUGGCUGCACAGCCUGCAAGAAGAAGGCAGACUUUGAGCCCAAAGUGGAGUGGGAGACCGGCAGCUGCACCCAUCGACUGACCAAACCAGGCUACCAGUCACGCAGUAUGCUAGCGUACCCACUAAAGCAAGUGAAGGAAGAGCAGCUGGAGACCGAACUGAGCCCGUACUACUGCUGUCCCCCAGAGGGCUCAGUGGAAUACUGCCACCGCUUGGCCUUCUUCCUGGGCCAGCAGCCCUAUGGAGAAUCAGACGAUCAGCCACUUAACUCAGCCAUGACCCCUGUGAAGCGCGAGUGCCUCGUAACCUCACCCUCCCUGACGCAUUCUCAUCCGCACACAGCUCUGACCCUCAGCCCCCACCCCUGCCUCUGCACCGCCGACCACUGCUUCUCCAGCUACUACGUUCACAUCGCCCACCCAACACACACUGGAACAACAUCAGCAAGCCUGGCCUCGCGACCACUGAACUUUGCCCCCUCCAGUUUAUGCCCUAAUCGGAUGACUGGCUCCAAGCUGCUGGGUCCACAAGUGUCCCGCGCUUCGGGGCUGGCCCACCCCGCCUACUGCAACUCGGUGGCUUCGCCCUGUUACAGUGACGCCUGCGGGAUCAGUGGCUACACCUACAGAGCCAUGCCUCCUGUCACCAGCAGGGGUUGUUCUUUCAGCACAGGAUGCACUGAAUGCACACACAGCAUCAAAACAGAGGGUUUCUCCUCCCCUCAGGGUGACCACAGCCCCUCCCUUCUGGUUCCCCCCUCCCUGCCCAUGUCCAGCUGCCCUCUAUCCAGCGUGCCCACUUCCACCCAGACUAAACCACACCUGCUGACCCCCCUUUCGGGGCGAGACCAGCCCCAGGCCAGGUUAAAGCUGGCCAGGGAAUGCCCACAGAGCACCAAGCCCUCCAACGGCUCCCUGUCCAUGGGCCGCACACGACUGCCCCAGAAACAGCCGUUGCCCUUGCCAAGCCUCAGCGGCACCAAACAAAAGAGAGUCAGCCGCAGACGCGCCACCAACGGUUGGCGGCCUGUUGGAAUGCCCACAGAGAGGGAGGUCUUUAUUGCGGGAGAGGAUGAGACUGCCCCGCGGCAGUGUUAUGAAGGAGUCGAGAGAGACGGUGAAGUGAUACAUGUCAGAGACACUGUGCUGCUACGAUCGGGCCCCAGGAAGAAAUCCCUCCCGUAUGUUGCCAAGAUAUCAGCGCUGUGGGAGGACCCUAAAACAGGAGAGCUGAUGAUGAGUCUUUUCUGGUACUAUCGGCCUGAGCACACCCAGGGAGGCCGAGAUCCCAGCACACACUGUGAGAAUGAGAUUUUCGCCUCUCGGCAUCAGGAUGAAAAUAGUGUGGCCUGCAUAGAAGACAGAUGCUACGUUCUCCCACUAGCCCAGUACUGUAGAUUUUGUGCCUUGGUGAAGCGGCGUGCCGAAGGUGCCCCACCUGGCAGCGUCAGCAUGGUGCCCUGCCGUCCCGACUUCGCCCCCCCUUCCCACCGCUGUGUGCCCACAGAUGUCGACCCCGAGCUGGUUUAUCUCUGCCGGCACGUCUACGACUUCCGCUAUGGACGCAUCCUAAAGAACCUGCAGUAGAGGGUAGAAGGGGUGUCGCACCCAUGAAUUAAUCAUAACAUAGCUCCUCUUCCCGCACAGAGGUGGGGGGUGCUGAAGGACUGAACACCCCUAUUUUUUCUGCUGGGGACUCUGACGAAGGGGGAGGGGCCAGUUUUGGAGAGGGACAGAUGAAGCAAAAAGUGUUUGACACAUUAUGAAGCACAGAUCCCUUCAGUUGACUAAAGGGGGGGUUACAAUGUGAUAGAUUAAUCCAUCUCAGUCAGAGCACCAAUAUUUCCUGCUUUGGAAGAGUGAGGAAGGGAGAAUUAUUCAUUCAUUAGCUUGGAUUUUUUUCUCUGAGGUUACAUGGAGGCUUGUGCUCCCCCCACCA